CUUAACGGAGACAACAUGGCGGCCCCGGCGACCCGUAGCUGCGGGAUUUGAAUUACUCUACUUGAACUGCUGCGUCCUGGCGAUGGCGUGUCCUGCUUCGUGUGGCUCGCGUCAAAGCUCAGAUGAGCUCCCUGCAGAUCCCUGUUUACCAGAAGGUGAUGAGGAUUGUGAUUCUGAAGAUCCGGUUAGCGACGCGGGUUCAUACUCUUCAGCGAGUAGCGAUUAUGAUGACCUUGAGCCUGAGUGGCUGGACAAUGUGCAGAAAAAUGGAGAAUUAUUUUAUUUGGAGUUGAGUGAGGCUGAAGAAGAAAGCCUCCUUCCUGAGACACCUACUGUGAAUCAUGUCAGGUUCAGUGAAAAUGAGAUUAUUAUUGAAGAGGAUGAUUACAAAGAAGGAAAAAAGUAUGAACCCAAACUCAAACGGUUUACCAAAAUUUUAAAAAGUAAAAGACUUUUACCCAAGCGCUAUAAUAAAAAAUAUAGCAAUGACAAUGGACCAGUGUCCAUUCUAAAGCAUCAGUCCAAUCAGAAAACAGGAGUCGUUGUCCAGCAGAGGUACAAAGAUGUAAAUGUUUAUGUAAACCCCAAAAAGCUAACUGUCACCAAAGCCAAAGAGCAGCUCAAGCUCCUAGAAGUACUGGUUGGGAUUAUUCAUCAGAGCAAGUGGAGCUGGAGAAGAACUGGAAAACAGGGCAGUGGAGAGAGGCUUGUAGUCCAUGGCCUGCUGCCAGGAGGAUCUGCUAUGAAGAGCGGUCAGAUAUUAAUUGGUGAUGUCCUAGUUGCUGUGAAUGAUGUUGAUGUCACCUCUGAGAACAUAGAGAGAGUUCUGUCUUGCAUUCCUGGACCUAUGCAGGUGAAACUGACAUUUGAAAAUGCAUAUGCUGUGAAAAAAGAAACAACUCAACCAACACAGAAAAAGGCACAACCAAAUACAAAUGAUUUAGUUAAACUUCUAUGGGGAGAAGAGGCUGAAGGUAUCCAGCAGAACAUCCUGAACACGCCACAUAUCGUUAUGUAUCUCACACUACAGCUCGACUCAGAAACGUCAAAGGACGAGCAAGAAAUUAUUUAUCAUUGUCCAGUAUCUGAUGCAUCUCAGAAACUAAAAAGUGUGCGAGGGAUAUUUCUCACACUCUGUGACAUGUUGGAAAAUGUAACUGGGACACAAGUUACUAGCUCAUCCCUUCUUUUAAAUGGGAAACAAAUUCAUGUGGCUUAUUGGAAAGAAUCUGACAAGUUGUUGUUAAUUGGCCUGCCUGCUGAAGAAGUUCCUCUUCCUCAGCUAAGGAAUAUGAUAGAAGAUGUUGCUCAGACCUUAAAAUUUAUGUAUGGUUCUUUAGAUAGUGCCUUUUGCCAGGUUGAGAAUGUUCCUCGUUUGGAUCAUUUUUUCAACUUGUUUUUUCAAAGAGCACUUCAGCCUGCUAAACUACAUUCCAGUGCCAGUCCCAGUGCACAACAGUAUGAUGCUUUCAGUGCAGUACUCUUAGACAGUCUCCCUGGAGUUCGGUGGCUCACACUUCCACAGGAAAUUAAGAUAGAAUUAGACACAGCACUGAGUGAAUUGGAGGCUGCAGAUUUCGCAGAACUGUCUGAGGAUUACUAUGACAUGAGGCGGCUGUAUACAAUUUUAGGGUGUUCUCUAUUUUACAAGGGUUAUUUGAUAUGCAGUCAUUUGCCUAAGGAUGAUCUCAUUGAUAUUGCUGUAUACUGUCGCCACUAUUGCCUACUGCCUUUAGCAGCAAAACAAAGAAUUGGUCAGUUGGUAAUAUGGAGAGAAGUAUUUCCUCGACAUCACCUCCAACCUUCUACAGACUCAAGCACUGAAGUCUUUCAGGAACCUGAAGGGAGACAUUUUUUGCUAAUUGUUGGCUUGCGACAUUAUAUGUUAUGUGCACUGUUAGAAGCUGGAGGCUGUGCAUCCAAAGCUACUGGGAAUCCUGGGCCAGACUGUAUCUAUGUCGAUCAGGUCAAAACAACUCUUCACCAACUGGAAGGAGUAGAUUCCCGAAUAAAUGAACGGCUAGCAUCUUCACUCCCCUCUUUGUCUUGUGCUGACUGGUUUCUUGCUGGAUCACAUGAAAAAUUAGAUGGUUUGACAACAUCACCCAUCCUCAGUAGGCUACAAGGUACUUCCAAACUAGCCACCUCUCCAAAAUGCAGAAGAACUCUUUUUGGUGACUAUUCCCUAAAGACACGUAAGCCCAGUCCUUCCCAAAGCAGUGGAGGAUCUGACAAUUGUGGAAGUGGAGAAGGUGUUGGCCUGAGCCCCCACACUACUCCAGAUGCAAUACAGAGGCAAAGAGAAUCUCAGGGCUCUGAUGGUUCAGAAGAAAGCAGGACCUUGCUGAAGGUCACUAAAAAGAAGUCUGCUCUUCCAAAUCCAUUUCAUUUUGGGAACUUGAAAAAGGACCUUUCAGAAAAAGAAUUGGAAAUAUAUAACACAAUGAAAUUGACAUCUGGUCCUGAGAACACACUUUUCCACUAUGUUGCCUUAGAAACAGUGCAAGGGAUCUUUAUUACUCCUACCCAUGAAGAAGUGGCACAGCUAAGCGGUUCUAUCCACCCCCAGCUAAUAAAGAAUUUCCAUCAGUGUUGUCUCUCCAUUCGUGCAGUUUUCCAACAGACAUUGGUAGAAGAGAAAAAGAAAGCACUAAAUGGUGGAGAUCAUUCAGGUUCUACAAAUUCAGUGUCUUCUCUUAACCCUGUGAAGGAACAUGGUGUGUUAUUUGAAUGCUCACCUGAAAACUGGACCGAUCAGAGGAAAGCACCGCCAGUUAUGGCUUACUGGGUAGUAGGGAGACUCUUUCUUCAUCCCAAACGUCAGGAACUUUACAUCUGUUUUCAUGACUCAGUCACAGAAAUUGCCAUUGAAAUGGCUUUUAAAUUGUUCUUUGGAUUAACCUUAUAGCUUUGUUUCCCUGAUGCACAGCAACACUGCACGUGGAGCAUAGAAUUGCCGAAAUCCACACACAAAGAGAGAAGUUUUAGUUUCUUUUCAUUGCUCAGUAUUGAACAUAAUGUUGUUAAAUAUUGAGAUGACAUGUUGGAUUUGAUGCACUAAAUCCUACAUAGUAUUGAGAUACUUUUGAAAAGAUCAAAAUAUAAGGAAGGGAUUAAUUUAUUUCCAUUUGGCAUAUAAUGUUAAUAUAUUGACGAAUUUGAAAUAAUAUGAAAUGUAUAUAAAAUUAAUAUAGGAUAUGUUUAUCAUGGAAAAAUACCCAAUUCAUUAUGUAUUUUUGUCAAGACUAAUAUUGAUACCUGGUGAAAAAUCAUGAAAGUGGGAAGACACGACCAUGUCCCGUACUGAUUAGUAAUGUGGCCAUAAGUCUUUGUACCUCUCUGAGCUCAGGGUUUUCAUGUACAAAUAAGAUGAUGCAUUGAGGUUUCUAAAGUCCCUAUAAAGUAAACUGUGCAAUUGUUUUUCCUCUUGCCUACUGGUCACUACCUAAGUUUUUAAUGUUCAAGUAUUGAUUCCUUAUGAGAUCAGAUACUUUUCUUUAGUUUAAGUAUUUUAGUAGAUAACCUCACUGGGUAGGGGGAAAAGCAGAAUUAUACUAAACUUAUUUUUUAUUUAUUUGAUUUUCUUUACUCUUUCAAGUCAGCUGUUUUUUGACUGGGAUAUAUUUUUUAAAUUAUUUGUCUGUAACCUUUCAGUAUUUUUGUUUUUGUUGAAAUAUGGUCAGGUGUACACACACAUACAGUUCAGGAACUUAAAGAAAGUUGUAUGUACAUCUUUUUUAAAAACUUCAUUAUAUGAAAAACACUGAAGAAGUUGUCUAAAGAAAUCCUAUGGGACUUCUGUUAAAUACUAGUUUUUGCUUUACAAAUGUGGAUCAUUAUAUACUGAGUUUUCCCAAAGAGAGACACUUUAAUGAGCAACAGCUCACUUGACUUUUAGUGGAGAAAGAAAACUAAUGGAAUGAGAAUUUUCUUGGGCUGUGAGAAUUUGGUGGUUUGAGAGAAAGGAAGGACGUAAUAAAAAUACUGCAUUUUUAUUUGCCCAGUGGAUCCUCCUGAUGUUUCAGAUGCCCUCAAGACUUUAUAAUCUUGGUUCUUUCUUCUUUAGGACUUAAGCGUUGAAGGCUAAUUAUGCCAGCACAUCUAAGGUCAGUCUCAGCAUUAACCCCCCACCUUAAAUAUGAGCCCUCCAGCUCAGUCAGAACUAACUGCAAAACAUAGUGGGUGCAUCAUUUUAAACAUUUGGUCUUAAAAGAAACACUAUUACCCCUCUGUCAUCAGCUUAAGAGAGUUUACCCAGGCGUUUAAUAUGCAAAGCACUGUAUUUGUCCCAUUAAUGCCUUGUGGGCCUUAACUUUAUCAUUAAGGUCAGGGCAGAAAAUCCUGGUUCUUGAAAUGUAGAAAAUGGCUUGAUUUAUCCUUAAGGUCACAAUUAUUAGUCGCAUGGUAGAUAGAGUAUUAAAUACUGUCUUAGGACUGCUUAUGUACAUAUAUUACAGGCAUUAAGGCACUUUGGAAAUAUUUACUAAAUGUCUUAAAUUUCUUGGUAUAUCCCCCAAACACCAUGAGCUAUUUUUAAUACUGAGAGUUCUUAAUGCAGAUACUGAUCACCAUAGAUUUUCAAACAAACUAAACUAAAACUUGAGAUUUUGUGUUAAGGGACUUUUUUUUGUUUCAUUUGAUGAAAAUUUGUUCAGUUGAACUGCUUUCCUGGUGUCAAGGAAUCAUGAGACCACUGCUCAAAAGCUGAAAUAAAAAGACAAAGAGGACUACCGAUCUCAAUUAGGGGGAAAUCAUUUGCCAUAAUGUAAUGUCUAUGUUGCAGAGACAUUGCGUCUUUAAUAAAACCAGACAUUAUCUUGGUUUUCAUCUCUAAGUAGAUAUUGAAGUAACCCUUGUAAGUAAACUUAGCUGCCCAUAUUUCCAAAUAUGUUCAGAUUUAUAUCUAAAAGUAGAUCAAUCUGACUGUUGGACAGUAAGUACCUAUCUGCCACUUUAUUAAACAAAGAGGGACAAAGUGAUAGUGCAGAUGCCCCAGAGGUAUGCUUUAAUAGAUGCAGAAACAUUCUUAAGUUGGAUUUUAUUAGCAUCCUGAAAAUGGUCCCUUUCACCAAAGACUAGAAGUGCAAAAGAUUCUACAAGUACCAUUUAAAAAAAUACCAAGUACUGUCUUAUCACUGUCCCCAAACUGUAUUUUAGACUCUAUCCCCCUCUUUAGUCUCUUUUUGUUUCUCUGUACUUCGUAAGGGAGAGUUUCUUAUGGUGCCAAGGAAGUGUUGAUGAUGCAUACUGGCAAGAUAGUAAAUUUGCAGUUCCACAUCUCUAAUACAAAGGGAAAUGCUGUGAACCAAUUUACUAGGUUUGUCUGCUUUGAACAUUCUUGAAAAAUAAUAUUGUGAAUAAUUAUUUGUUGUCCAUGUGAAUUCCCUCUAAAUAGUCCUGGCACCUGUUAUGUGCUGUGAAAGCAUUAGCUAUUACUACUAAAACCGUUUAUCAUUAUUAAUAAAUAUCCACUAGUUGAUAACCAAGGAGUCAGCUAAAUCAUACAUGCUGCUGUACAAAAUACUGGAAAGAAGCUGCGAAAAAGUAUCCAACACUAAACACUUCUGAGAACAAGGAUUUAUACUUAGGAUAUUUUAAAGUGUAUUAUUAUAUGUUACUAAGACUUUAAUCUAUACACUAAACUGUGUGAAAAUAAUUUAAUUUUACAAAGUUGUAUUUCUGUAUUCUAUAUAAUUGAUGCUAUUUUUGUACUGCAUUGAUAGUUUUUAAUAAAGGUGGUUUGGAAGUUUA